CCAAGAGGAUGCCCUGCCGCUGUGCCUUGUGUCCUCCCCCUGCCCAGAUCAGCUACUCAGAUGGACCCUGCACUUUGGCUGUGCACUGGUGUCUGUGGUGCUUUUUGGGCUCCUGGCUGUGCCCGGCUGCCUUGGUAGCAUGGUGCUGGGCAUCCCUGACCACUGGAGCCCAUGCAUCUUGUGCCUGCCAUGUCCUGGUGUGGUAGCCCUGACGUGGUGGCCCUGGUGGCGGCUCAGCCCCAGGGCUGGCUGGGAUGAGGGAAAUCAAUGAAUUCCCCAAAUGGGAAGGUCCGGGGGAGGGGAGAGCGUCCCAGCACAGGAAAAAGUCCAGGCAGUGACGCGUGAUGGGCAGAGCAGUGCCGGCCGCCCUGAGAGCACAGCCCCAUGCAGUGCCCUGGAGCCUUUCACCCACCUCCGCCACCCACUGUGGUCCCCACGACCACCACAUGUUCCGUUCGCGCCGUGCUGGGUUGGUGCGGAGGCUGUGGCGGCAGCGCUGUACAGCAGCCAGCCCCGAGGAUGGCCCUGCUGCCCUCAAACUAGCGGUGCAUGCCCUCUUCAAGAAGCUGAAGGAUGAGGAGCUGGAGCUGCUGGUGCAGGUGGUGGAGAGCCGGGGCGCCUGGGAGUCUGGCUGUGUUUUGGCACCACGGGGGGACCCACGAGGGGUCAAGCAGGGACUCCCUCCUCAAGUCCUGCUCUGUCGUCUCUUCCGCUGGCCUGACCUCCACCAGUCCCAUGAGCUCAAGCACCUCUGCUACUGUGCUGGGGGCCAGGGAGCCUGUGGGGACUUGGCUGGGCUGUGCUGCAACCCCCAUCAUUUCAGCCGCCUGGCUGUACCUGAAACCCCGCCACCCCCCUACUUGAAGGCAUCCUGUGGUCCCUCCUGGCCAGAUGAGCCCCAGCUCAUGGAGUUCAGCUACGACGGUGGGGACUGGUGCGACACCAGUCUCUCAUGGAGCACCAUCAAGGAUGGCUGUUGGUGCAAACUGGCUUACUGGGAGUACCGGACGCGCGUGGGCCGCCUCUACGCCGUGCACGAGGCAUCGGUGAACGUCUUCUGCGAGCUGCCGUGGGGCAGCGGGUUCUGCCUGGCCCAGCUGCCUGCCGCCUACCGCAGCUGCGCCGUCCGGCGGGCACGGGGCAAGAUUGGCCGGGGGCUGCUGCUGAGCCAGGAGCCGGGUGGUGUCUGGGCAUACAACCGCAGCGAGCACCCCAUCUUCGUCAGCUCACCCACCCUGAGCCCCCCCGGGGUCUGCGGGCUCCCUGUCCUCAAGGUGCUGCCUGGCUACUCGGCAAAGGUGUUUGAUUAUGAGUGGGCAGGGGACAGAGAGUGCUGGCAGCUGCCUGGGGAGGGACCCUGUGACCCCCACAGUAUCCGCAUCAGCUUUGCCAAGGGCUGGGGACCUUGUUACUCCCGGCAGUUCAUCACCUCCUGCCCGUGCUGGCUUGAGGUCCUGCUGAACCAGCCACGCUGAGGCUGGGGCUGGUGGGGGGUGCCAGCGAUCUCCCCCAAAGCAGGUUCACAAGCUGGGGGGCCCUUAUACUGUCCCUCAGCCUGUGUCUUCCAGGGCUGUGUUGCAGCAGGAUUGUCCUGGCUCUGGGGACUCUGUGCCUCAGUGCUGACUGGAUGCAGUGCCUCUCUUGAAUGGUUCACCACCUUGCCAGCACCUGCUUCCCCCAGCCAUGGGGCACACAGUGACACAGGGCACUAUUUAAUAUCUUUUUUUUUUUAAUGUUAUUAUUUUAAUGUUUAAGUUUAUAUUAAUUUAUCUAUUUUUGUAAAAAAAGCAGAGCAUGAGACAGGAGUCCCCAUUGUCAGGGGCAGGCCUGGGGGGUGGCAGCCACGGCCGGUGGGGACAGGGGGAGCAGGAGAGAAGGGAAGUGAGAGGGAGUGGGGAGGAGGGGAGAGCUCCUAGGGGAGCUAGGUGCCACUGCAGACAAGGGGAAUGGGAGUGAACUGGUACAGCUGGGGGCGGUGGGGCAGGUGAGCACAGCUGGAGUGUGGGGCAGGUUAGAACAUCUGGAUAGGUGUAGGGCAGGUUAGAGCAUCUGGAUAGGUGUGUCAUAGGUUGGAAUAUCUGGAUAGGUGUGGGGUAGGUUAGAACAUCUGGAUAGGUGCAGGGCAGGUGUAAUGUUGUGGGGGGUGGGCAGGUGAGCACCCCUGGGGUGGGGACUGAUUCAGUGUUACCCAAGCUAGGUCCCAGGCCCGGGGGCUCCUUCAACCGUUCUGGCAGCAUGGGGGAGCCCCGAGCAAGUCAGCCGAGGGGAUCCCGGAUUGCCCGAGUCGUGUCUGCUGUUUUUAACCUAAAUAAACGGUGCCACCGGCACCAAGAGAC